UUACAAAUAAAUCAAACACAUUUUCAAUCCAGCAAUAAUCCUUCCAUCAAUCCCAAACUCCAUUAAUUAGCAGACCAAAAAUCAGAAAAUGAGCUCAAAAACUAUCAAACAAAUAUCAGAAAGCUUCAUCAACCCAAAAAUUGAAGUAAAUGAAACCAAACAACCUUACCACUUAUCCCCCAUGGAUCUAUACAUGAUCUCUAUGCAUUACAUCCAAAAGGGUCUUUUAUUCAAAAAACCAUCAUCAAACUUUGAUAUCACCAAACUUGUUCACCACCUUAAAGAAUCCCUUUCUCUCACCCUGGUCCAUUUCUAUCCACUCGCCGGUCAACUAUCUACGAAACUAAAUGACGACCGACAAAGCCUGGUUUUCGUCGAGUGCAACAAGGGUCCGGGAGCAAGGUUCAUCCAUGGUUCAGUCGAUAUGACCAUUUCUGACAUACUUUCACCAACCUAUGUUCCUGUUGUGGUUCAAUCGUUUUUUGACCAUCACAGGGCGGUUAACCAUGAUGGUCAUUCUAUGUCUUUGGUUACGGUUAAAGUGACUGAGCUUAUUGAUGGGGUUUUCAUCGGAUGUUCCGUGAAUCAUGCUGUCGUCGAUGGUACAUCUUUCUGGCAUUUUUGGAAUAUGUGGUCCGAGAUUCAUAGUUCAAACUAUGAGGAAGUACCUUUGUCGCGUAUGCCCAUCCAUAAACGUUGGUUUCCUGAAGGGUAUGGUCCGCAAAUUCUACUUCCGUUUGCACAAGUAGAUGAAUUUGUUAGCCGAUAUGAAGCACCUCAGAUUCGGGAGAGGUUCUUCCAUUUCUCGGCCGAGUCCAUGGCAAGACUAAAAGAUAAAGCAAAUGAGGAUAAUAACAAUAACACCAACAAAGUAUCUUCCUUUCAGGCCUUGUCUGCACUCUGCUGGCGAGCAAUCGUUCGAGCAAACCACCUACCAAAACAUCAACUCACAAGCUGCAAAUUAGCAACAAACAACAGACACAGGCUAAAUCCACCUCUAUCACAACAUUAUUUUGGUAAUUGCAUUGGCGUAAUCAAUACAACCACAACAGCUGGUGAACUACUUGAACAUAAUCUGGGUUGGGCUGCAUCAUUGUUGCACCAUACAGUGGUGAACCACAACGAUAAAUCAGUUCGCGAUUUCUUUAACAAAUGGAUGAAAUCUCCUGUUGUUUACCAGCCAAAUAAACAGCUUGAUUGUUACAGUGUGAGGAUGACGAGUUCGCCAAGAUUUGACAUGUAUGGAAAUGAAUUUGGACUCGGAAAAGCAGUAGCUGUUCGAAGUGGGAAUGCAAAUAAAUUGGUGGGGUCGGUGAUUUCGUAUGAAGGAUGUGAAGGUGGAGGAAGUUUAGAUUUGGAAAUAUGUUUGAGUUCUGGUUUGAUGGAAGCUCUUGAAUUAGAUGAGGAGUUUAUGGGUGUUGUUGAAUUAAAGAAAUAAUGAUAAAAAAAAAUGAUGUACAGGAAAUUGAACCUGACGUGAAUCGAACACGCAACCUUCUGAUCUGGAGUCAGACGCGCUACCAUUGCGCCACAGAUCCUGUUUGUAAUAAUAUUGGUUAAAUGCUCACCAA